AUGGCUUCCAUCAACUUCAACCCUUUUGAGGGCCGGUUCCGAAAACCCCCAAACCCACUCCCACCCAUCAACCUCCUCUCCCUCGCCGACUCAUUCUUCCCCAAAACCCCAACCACCACGCCCCAAUUCGCCUCCCUCAGCCUCUCAAACCCCUUCAAAUCCCCCAAAAAACCCGACCCGAAAUCUGAACCCGAGCCGGAGAAGCCCGGGCACUACACCCAAAUGCUGGAGCAGUUCUUCUGGGAAUGCGAGAGCCUACCUGAUUAUAGACACACUCCAGAAGUGGACAAGAUUCUUGACUCCGACCCGAUUCUGGAGAAGAAAGAAAACCCGACUGAGGAGGAGAUUAGAGAGAACGAGAAGUUCUGGGAGGAGUUUCGGGCCAGCCCGGUAAUCAAUUUCUUGACUCGGGCCGAGCAGAUUGCCGAUAAGAUCAAUGAAAUGGAGCUGAAGGAGAACGACAGGCCGUACAGGAGUGAGGACAAGAAGCUGUGGCAGGCUGUGCCGAAUGUUAUUGGGCCGGACGGGAGGCCCAUGCCGAGGAAGGCGAUUAAGACGAAGAAGGAGUCUGAUGAUAAGUUCUGGGAUUUUGCAAGGCAAUUCUUUUUCGGGCUUUGGGGGUUCCAGCAGAGGCAGUACCCGCCAGGCCGGCCCAUUGAUGUGGCUCAGGCCAUUGGGUACAAGAGUGGCUCUGAGCUAACAGCAAUUUUGGAACACCAUCACAUGCCAAACAAUUACAUUCCUAAAGAUCUUGGGAUCGAGCUCACUAGAAUUUUCCCUGGUGUAAGGCCAUGGGAGGUUUUGUGUGGAAAAGCAAUGGAUCAGAUAACUUACGAGGGAGAGUGGUAUCGCAAACCUCUUGGUACAUACAGGACUGGCCCUCCAUACAUUCGAGAUUGGAAUAUGGAUGUUCAGAGACUGUAUAGGAUCUAUUUCAACCUAUGCACCUGA